CCUCGUCUGGUCCAGACCUAACGAUGUUAUGCUUUGUUUCUCGCCUCUCUUACUUGGUCUGUUUCAGAUGCCUUAUGUCAGGCAGGAAGAGGUAUACUCGGUGCCCACCUUUUUGCUCAUCGACGCUCCCUUCAAUCCCUUGGUAAGCGAGGUGGAGAGGGCAGAGCUACCCAGCGCAUCCAUAGAUUUGUCUCUGUAGAAUCAGGGCGGCACAAAAUUAAAUAAGUUGUGCCUAUGGUGAAGACAAAGAUCUGAUGACAUGAAAGUAUGUGACCAAAAUUCUCCUAAUCAACGCAUAGGUAUACAGAAGUGGUGAAAGCUCUGUUUGAGCAUCAUGAUUCUUGCCAUUUUGCUUAUAUAUUUCAGGUAAAUGGAGCAACCUCUUGGGAAAAGUGUUAUCUUUCUCUGGUGGUUACAGUUUUAUCUCAUAAGGGCUGCCUAAUGUUUCCAAGCUGGUAUGUGUAGGAACAAUCGGACCUUGGCCCUGCGUUUUAUGAUAUUAAUUGAAAGUUCGAACAGAAUAUUAACCUUAAUCGCUACGGCGCAAGCGAUUCAAAUCCACGUCUUCUACUGUAUUCCUUGAUUCUCCUUGGACGAAAUGUGGCCUUCGAUCUCCCAAGGUGUGCCUCUCCUUAAAGCUCCGAAAACCCAAAACCCUAGCUGUCUCCUUGAGAAAAACGUCUGCCUCUCUCAAACUCUAGGAUGAAUUCGUUUUGGUGUGUCUUUCAGCUUUAGGAGAACGAGAAUAUAUAUAGGCUACAGUAGGGAUCAUGGACCAUUAGGUCAGGCCUUCUAAUGACAUUCCGGGCCAGGCCCAAUGUCAUUAAAUAUUAAUUCAAUCCACUAAAGAAUUAAUAUUUGCACUACCUUUUCCUAAUUCCGUAAAUUAAUUAUUUAAUUCGGCUCCCAUAUUAAUUGCUUAUAAAUUCCUCAUGUUUAAGAUAUUGCAUGUCCAUUAAUUAAAUUAAUUUCUGACAAUUAAUUUAAUCAAUAUCUUUUAUCCUUGAUCAUCCACUCAACCUUAUAAUUAUGCAAGAACAAAUCUGCCUGCAGGACUAAAGCAUAAUUAUCUUUAUGAGUUUUCAAGAGGACAUCAUCACCCGAAUAUAUUUUUCGGACACGGUUUCCUUCUAUAGUCAAUAUCCCACUCUGUAUAUAAUGUCAUUGCUCAAUACAUAAAUUCGUAAUUUAAAAUAAAUUACUUAACUUAUGAGUCAAGGCAUGUGCAUUAAAUACAAGUGUCAAUCACUAUAUCCGAGUAAAGAACUUAAGCAUUAAUAACAUCAUAGAAUCUUAGUUCUUUAAUGUCAGAAUUAAAGAAACAAUUAUUCUAUUAUUUUGAUCCCGUUCAAUAUACACAAAGUAUAUAAGUAUUAUUCAAUAGUCAAGAUAAACUAUUUCCAAAUAAUACUUCAGUCGUUCCAAUGGUUUGUCUAACACCAUUUAGACUGUGAACCUUUAUUAUAUUAUAUAAGGAACUCGACAAUCUAAUCUUCUGCUAUCCCAUUUGAUACUAGAUUGUCUACAAUAUAUAAUAUACAGACAUUGUGAAAACAUGCAUUCAAGAUUCUCAAAUAAUUGUUAUAUACUUCAAACGAAUAUUUCAGUAUAACCCUAACAAUCUCCCACUUAUACUCAAGAUAUUCUUUGAGUAUAUCAGUGUUUAUUACAAGCAAUCCACUACCAACUAUAAUAACUAUGUGACCAAGUAUCAGACUCCUAUCGCUUCCACGUGCUCCUGAAAAGCCUUAGCUGGUAAGCUCUUCGUGAAAGGAUCUGCUCGGUUAUCCUUCGAUGCUGUGUCAGCCACAAUGAUAUCUCCUCGCUUAACGAACUGUCGUAUGAGGUGAUACUUACGCUCUAUGUGUUUCGCUGCCUUAUGGGCCCGUGGUUCCUUGGUAUUCGCCAUAACACCAGUGUUAUCACAAUAAAUCGUGAUUUGCUGUGGUUGAUUAGGAACCACAUCCAAAUCCAGCAGGAAGUUUCGGAACCAUAUAGCCUCUUUGGCUGCCACAUAUUCGGCUUCCAUGGUUGAGUCUGCGAUGCAUUUCUGCUUCACACUCCUCCAUAUUACGGCUCCACCUCCCAAAGUAAAAACACAUCCCAAGGUGGACUUUCUCUUAUCCUUACCCGUCUGGAAAUCCGAAUCAGUAUAUCCCAGAGGCAAUAAAUCAGAGGACUUGUAAACCAACAUAUACUCCUUAAUCCUUCGCAGGUACUUGAGUAUUGCUUUUACAGCACUUCAAUGUUCCUGUCCUGGGUUUGACUGGUAUCUGCUAACCAUGCCCACAGCAAAGCAGAUAUCAGGCCUCGUACAUAACAUUGCAUACAUUAGGCUCCCACAUGCCGAAGCAUAAGGAACUGCCUUCAUGUUCUCUAUCUCCUUAGGUGUCGAAGGACACUGCCUCUUUGAUAGAGUAACUCCAUGUCUGAAGGGUAAAUUACCCUUCUUGGAGUCCUGCAUGUUAAAACGAGCUAAUACGUCAUAUAUGUAGGGCUCCUGAGAUAAAGCCAACAUCCUUUUCUUGCGAUCCCUUAUAAGUUUGAUCCCAAGGAUGUAUGCUGCUUCACCUAAGUCCUUCAUUUCAAAUUGUUUGAACAACCAUGCCUUUAUUGAAGACAACAUCUUAACAAUGUUUCCAAUGAGUAAAAUGUCAUCAACAUAAAGCACUAGAAAAACCACUGCAUUUCCCUCACAUCUCUUAUACACGCAUGCUUCGCUUGGACAUUGAUCAAAUCCAUACGACUGGACUGCCUGAUCAAAGUGAAUGUUCCAAUACCUAGAAGCUUGUUUAAGUCCAUAAAUAGACCUCUUCAGCUUACACACAAGAUGCUCUUGGCCUUGUUUAAUGAAUCCCUCUGGUUGCUGCAUAUAGAUGGUUUCCUCAAGAUUUCCAUUAAGGAAAGCUGUCUUGACAUCCAUUUGCCAAAUCUCAUUAUCGAGAUGAGCUGCUAAGGAUAAAAGAAUACCGAUUGACUUAAGCAUGACUACUGGCGAAAAGGUUUCCUCAUAAUCGAUACCUUCUUUCUGAGUAUACCCUUUCGCAACAAGUCUUGCUUUCCAGGCUUUCACCUUUUUGUCUGAUCCCCUCUUUUUCUUGUAGACCCACUUACAUCCAAUAGGUUUUACACCUUUGGGUGGUUCCACGAGCUCCCAGACCUGAUUAGAAUACAUUGAUUCCAUCUCAGAAUCCAUUGCCUUUUGCCAAAUACUUGCAUCUUUGUCUUGUAUUGCCUCUUCGUAUGUCCGGGGAUCAUCAUCAUGUUCACCAGAGACCAAGUCCGAAGACUCUCCCAAAAACAUGAAUCUGUCGGGCUGUCGAAUAACCCUCCCACUACAACGAGGAACUGGUGCGGUAUUAGUGACCGGUUGCACAGUCUGCUGUGGUUGUUCUACUUGUACUACAGGUUCAUUAUUCGCCCCUCCCACUAGUUCCUCUAAAACGAUACCACUCUUGGGUUUGUGAUUCAUUAUAUAGUCUACCUCUAAGAAUCUUGCAUUGGUGCUGUAAAGCAUAAUGUAACGUAAAAGUAAUUACGAUAACUCAACACAACAAAAGACAGGAAACAAUACGUAAGUAUAAUACAGGAAUCUACAGGUUGGAGAUUCGAUACGAACAGACAAAGACAAUCAAGAUAUCUGAGACGAGCAUCCGUCCACUGCAAGAAGUUCAUUAACAUGUUCAAGCCUCAGUGAAGAAUAAAAGUUCAAUGUGUUUCUGCUAUCAAGAUUGCCUGAAGAUCAAGUAUCAAAGACCAGAAGAUUCCAGUAUAUUUAAUUUGAUUAUUUAUAAUCAAAUUUAUCGAAACAACACCUAACCCGGAAUGACUGAUCAAGUAUAUUAUCAAGCAAAGGAUUCAAAGAAUUAUUUCAGUUCGAGUCGUUCGUGAACCAGACCAGUGCACAGGACGUCAGGACAUACGAAAGUAUUCAAUGGAUUCGAUCAACGAAUUAAUUGAUCAAGUCAAUCGAGCUGCUCCAGAAUGAAUUGCCAAAGGAACUUAUCAAUUAGAGAUAUAUAUAUAUAUAUAUAUAUAUAUAUAUAUAUAUAUAUUAAUUGUGGAUUAUUUGAAUUUAAAUAAUUCAAGUAAUUAAUUAAACACAAUUAAUUAUAUAUAUAUAUGUAUAUUUAAUUCCUGCUAAAUGGGAAGUCUUAUGAAAUUGUCUAAGUAUUCAUCACAAGGGAAGCAUCAACACUGUUGAAGCGCAAACUUUGACUAAGUCAAAGUUUGCGCCUCAACCUCCCUUAAACACUUAGAAUUUUCUAAGUACACAGUGCAUACACUGUCCCUCUCCUUAAGCGCAACUAUUGACUUUUGGUCAAAGUUGGCGCCACACAUACAAGGGCAAAUACAAGCGCAACUUCACUCAAUAUAUUCUAAGUUGUUUACACAGUGAAGAGUAGAGGAAGGCGCAAAGUUUGACCACCAAAGGCGCAACAAUUGACCGAAACACUUAGAAUAUUUCUAAGUGAUUUCCUACAGGGGAACACUGUACUGGCGCCACAUUUGACUCACUAAAGGCGUAAGUUUUGACCCUAGUUGUUCCAAGCGCAACUUUGGUCAUUUGAAGUUAGUUUAUUUCUGGACGUUUUUAAUUUAACUACGGUUAAAUCGAAUCCGUCCAGGACGAACUCAAAUCGUCCAGGACGAACUCGUUAACCAUGGUUAGUUGUUGGAAAGCCUAUAAAUAGAGGUUGAUGUUUUCAUUUGAAAACAACUACACACUUUGUAAGUGCACACAUUAUACACAUUCUCGAGAGUUAAAUUAAAAUAUCAUUUUUAUCGAGAGUUUGUAAUAGAGUGAUUGUAGUCUCUGCAGCCGACACUUGUGUUGGAAUUUGUAGCACCCGAGGAUUAUUUCUAAUACAAAGAAUAUUCCCUGACUUGCUGGAGUUAUUUAUUUACGAUUGAUUUAACAUGGACUAAAACAAGAUUAUCCGCAAUUAAUUUAAAUCGAAGAAAUUGGUACGACGUAUUCAACCCCCCCUUCUACGUCUAAUUGGACCUAACAAUUGGUAUCAGAGCUUGGCUGAUCGAUAUACAGAUCUGAGAUUCGUAACCAAUCUGAAAAGCUAGCUGUCCGUACAAUCGUAAUUUUAUCUGAUAACAAUGUCGACACACAAGUUAGGAAUCAAAGUACCUCCAUUUGACAAGGAUGACUACAACAACUGAAAGAUGAAGAUGUUGCUGUACAUCAGAGUUGCUAAUCCCAUGUACAUUGGGAUUCUGGAAAAUGGUCCGUUUUUGCCUAUGAAGAUUAUUCCUGAAUCUGUUGAAAAUGGUGUUCGUAUUCCACAGAAGUCUGUUCCCAAAGAGAAAAGCGAAUACACUGAGACUGAUAAGGAGUAUAUUGCACAUGACCAUAAUUUGCAACUCAUAAUUGUUGAAUCAAUGACCAAGACUAUGACACAUCUGAUACUAAGUCUGAAAACUUCAAAGCAGAUGUGGGACACUAUAGAGGCAUUGAUGGAGGGAUCUGAAGAAGUCAGGGAAAACAGAUACGAUAUGCUAAUUGCCAGAUAUGAAGCAUUUCAGGCAAUACCUGGAGAGAACAUUUCUCAAAUCUAUGAAAGGUUCAUGUUGUUAUUGAAUGAACUCACCCUGCAUGGAAAGACUUAUCCACAGAAAGAGAUUAACAGAAAGUUCUCAUUUGUGAUGCCACCCCAUCUAGUUGUAAAGACAGAGACCAUCCGGGAAAGAAGCGACUUCAGAACUAUGACUUUGGAAAAGCUGUUUGGAAAACUGAAGACGUUUGAGAUGGAACUUGAACAAAGAAAGAUCAUAUAUGGUGGUGGAUCAACAGAAUCCAAGAGUAUGGCCUUACAGAAGACCACUGCACUUAUUGCUGAUCAACCAUACUUUGGUUAUCAACAAUUAGUUGAAUAUGGUAUCAAUGAUCACACUGUUGCUCAGAGUGAUUGUUCAUCCAUCAAAGCUGACUAUCCUUCUACCAAUACUGAGAUUGUAGAAGCUGAAAUUGAUGAAGUUUCUGGAGAACCGGAGGAUGAGUUCUACACUCAGGAAGAGCUGGAGCAGCUGGAAGAUAAGUCAAUGGCUUAUAUGGCUGCAAGGUUCAAGCAUAUCAAGUUCAGGAAGAACCCCCGGUACAAGAAAGCUUCAGGGAACAAGUUUCAGGGUAAAGGAGGAUAUUCAGGGUCAGGGUCUAAGAGUACUGGCAGUUACAAACCAAACAUGUAUGACAAGAGCAAGGUUAGAUGCUACAACUGCAAUGACUUAGGGCACUUUGCAACAGAGUGCAGGAAACCCAAAGCGGCUCCUGUCAAAGAAAGAAGCAACUCAUAUGAUAAGAAGAAUUCUUAUGAGGAUCUGAAGAAAGAGAAUGAGAAGCUAAAAGCUAAGUUGGAAGCAAUGGUGGCCAAGCAUAAAGGAAGGGCUUACAUUGCUGAGGGAAAAAGCUGGGAUGACACAGAUUCUGAUGAUGAACCUGUCCAGAGCAAUUAUGCAUUUGCAUUAAUGGCUGACACUGUCGAGGAAUCUCCAUCUCAGGUAUCUCCUGAAAUUUCUGUUGAUGACAUGACUACUGCUGAUUAUAAAAAGACUAUAAAUGAACUAGGUCAAGAGAUGUAUAACUUGCACACUAGUUUAUUAGCUUCAGAAUCAGAUAACUGUAGUCUUUCUCUAAAGAUAGCUAAACUUGAAGAAAGAGUAGAUGAAUUAGCUUUAUAGAAACU